AUGCCAGGGGAAGCUGGAGUCGGCUCCUCACCUUUGGUUCAGCUCGGGGAGUGUCUCGUUGCCCACUGCCGGAGCCGGCGGCAGAGGCACGAGGAGACUGAGGAGGCAGAGAGCGACACCAGCUCCAUUGUGAGCGCCGAGGCGCCUCGCGUUGGCCACCUGGGCCGCACGAGUCGCAGCUUCUGCUGCUGGGAGCGCUGCUGCGGCCUCCAGACGGAGCUCGAGGCGGCGGUCCACGCCGGGAUGGUGAGCAAAUGCUCACGUCACUUGGGAUUUUGGCGUGACCGGUGGGCCGUCCUCACCCGGAGCUACCUGAGCUUCAAGAAGCGUGCGCCGGCGCCGUACCCCACGGAGUCCUUUUGUCUUCAGGAGGUCCUGGAUGUCGCAGCACAUGGAUCUGAAGUCCACCUCCAAUUGCGGAAUGGCAGGCGCAUUUUUCGCUGCAGCCAGCCCGUUGCGGCAGAGGAGCCACGUGAUCUGAGGUGGGCUCUCCAGAUCCAGCUGUGUUGCGAUGGAAGGCAUUGA